UCGUCUCGUCUCCUCGGCUUUUGCCACUCUCGCCGCCGCCUCUGACCUCGCCGGAGAUGGACGGCUCCUCGCCGCGCGGUCCCGGGGAGUGGCCGCAGCCCCAUGGCGUGGUGACGGUGGUGAUCGCGGCCCCGGACGACGGCGGCGACGAGAGGCGGCGGCGGCUGCCGCUCGCCUCCGGAGAGGGCGCGGCGGAUUCUGGAAGGUGUCGCGGUGGCGCGAGGGGGGUCGAUGAGGAGGAGCAGGAGGAGGAGGGGGUGAGGUGGCGGGUGGCGUCGCUGUGGCGCGUGGCGGGGGCGCUGCUGCUCGUGGUCGCGGCGCUCGCCGUCGCCGGGCGCUACCGCCUGUACCACGACCCGGCGGCCGUGUCGCGGGAGGAAGGGAGGUCGUCGUUCUUGCUUCCCCUGUACCCCAAGGCCCGCGGCGGCGCGGCGCGGGAGUCGGCCGCCGGCGUCGAGGCGGACGGUGCCGUGGCGGCGAGGGAGAAUUCGUCGGUGGUGCUCCCGACCAGAGGCAAUGUGUUCCCCGACGGGCAAUACUAUACUACUAUGUUUAUUGGAAAUCCUCCAAGACCUUACUUUCUUGAUGUUGAUACUGGGAGUGACUUGACAUGGAUUCAGUGUGACGCACCCUGCACAAGUUGUGCAAAGGGACCUCAUCCUUUAUAUAAGCCCGCGAAACAAAAUAUAGUUCAUCCCAGAGACUCAUAUUGCCAAGAACUGCAAGGCAACCAGAACUAUUGCGACACUUGCAAGCAAUGCGACUAUGAGAUCGCAUAUGCUGAUCGGAGCUCCUCCAUGGGAGUGCUUGCAAGGGACAAUAUGCAACUGGUCACUGCAGAUGGUGAAAGCGAAAAUUUGGACCUUGUGUUUGGGUGUGGAUAUGACCAGCGAGGAAAUCUUUUGUCGUCACCAGCAAACACUGAUGGGAUCAUUGGCCUUAGCAAUGCAGCAAUGAGCCUCCCUGCCCAGCUAGCCAGCCGAGGGAUUAUUUCCAAUGUUUUUGGCCAUUGUAUCGCAGCAGAUCCCAGCAAUGGUGGCUACAUGUUUCUCGGUGACGAUUACGUUCCUAGAUGGGGAAUGACAUGGGUACCUAUCCGAAAUGGUCCAGAGAACCUCUACAGCACCGAAGUCCAGAAAGUGAACUAUGGAGAACAGCAGCUUAAUUUAAGAGGGAAGGCAGGGAAGUUAACUCAAGUGAUUUUUGACAGUGGGAGCUCAUAUACGUAUUUACCACACGAAGAAUACACAAACCUGAUUGGUUCACUUAUAAGACUCUCCCCAAGCCUUUUACAAGAUGAGACGGACCGAGCACUACCGUUCUGCAUGAAACCCGAUUUUCCAGUGAGGUCUCUGGAUGAUGUGAAACACUUAUUCAAACCUUUGAGUCUGGAAUUCAAGAAAAGAUGGUUCCUAUUGCCCAGAACAUUCACUAUCCCUCCUGAGGACUACUUGAUCAUCAGUGAUAAGAACAAUAUCUGCUUAGGGGUGCUUGAUGGAAGAGAGAUUGGCCAUGACUCGGAGAUAGUAAUCGGAGAUGUUUCUCUUCGAGGAAAGCUAGUUGUGUAUAACAAUGAUGAGAAACAUGUCGGAUGGGUUCAGUCAGACUGUACCAAGCCACAGAAACAAAGUGGAUUUCCUUUCCUCCUUAAAAGAGUAUUGCAGAAUCAGCUUUUUUAAAUGUCACAUAGAAAUUGAAAUUACCACCAGCUCGACUGACCAUGCUUUUCUUUUGGACGUGCAAUUCUACGUCCAAAGCUGCCAUAAUCAUAUUAGUGGAAGUAAUUAAACAGGACAUAGGAAAAAAAGUAUGUUAGUAGACAUAGCCAUAAUCAUAUCUGUUGUACUUAGUAAUUUGGUUCUGUUGUAUACACAAAGAUGCAGAAUUAUGUAUAUGUAUUUUGUAGAAUAUAUCUCAUCUACCUGUAAAUAAUAUAUCUCAUCCACUUGUAAGACUAAGUGGUGAAGCAUAUAUCAGUGAAGCCAUGGCAUUUCUUGUUCACAA